AUAUAAUCAACUACAUAAACUCAAAAAGAAUGAAUCCCAUGUUUUACUUCCUUCUUGCCUUAACCGCUGUUUUGGCCGUGACCGGAAGCCCCGGCGAACCAGUUCUCGAUAUUCAUGGUGAUAUCAUAUUCGAUGGCAGUUACUAUGUUCUCCCCCGCAUUUCCGGCCCUGGAGGUGGCGGCCUGACUCUCAGCUCCCGUGGUGAUGAUUGGUGUCCCCUCUAUCUCAAACAGGAAUAUUCAGAGGUUAACAGGGGCAUUCCCGUAAAAUUCUCAGACUGGAGGACUAAAGUUGCGUUCGUUCCCGAGUCAGCGAACCUCAACAUCCAUAUGGACGUCAAAGCCACGAUAUGUGGUCAGUCAACCUAUUGGUAUGUCCCUCCCGUCGAGCCCAUCACGGUUAUUGAGGCGUUGUUCAUAGCGGCUGGUCCUAAACCGUCAAAUGGUUUCUUCCAGAUCAAGAAAAUUGAAGAUGGUCUUGGCGGUUACAAGAUUGUGUUUUGUGUUAACAAUAACGAUUGCAGCGAUAUCGGGAUAUUUGUGGACAAACAGGGCGUUAGGCGUUUGGCUUUAAGCUCUACACCAUUCGAGGUUAGGUUCAUGAAAGCUACUGAGACAGAGACUUCGACCAAGCCGAUUAUGUCUAUAAAGACUACAAAAGUAAAAGAAUAAGAGUUAUAAGUAACGACUAAUAAUAAAACUCUAUCUGUGUUUCUGUUUUCUUUGUUCAUCUUAAAUGGAAUAAAACAUCUUUCCUUUGUUUAUUUUUUUCUUUUUAAUUAACUCCCUAGUUUAAGAUUCAUAUAAACCGGAAAUCAAACAAAGACAUCUUCUCGCUUUGUGUUACAACUAUUAACCUCUUGACAUCAAGCUUGAGAUGUGGACAUAACCAGCAUAGAAUAAGAAGAGCUAGGGUUAGUUCUAUCAAUUUGUUUUUCUUUUUUUUUUGUUACAUAGCUCUAGGGAGUGGGUGUAGAUGUUUGCAGUGCGUCGUGUAAACUCGCAAAGAACGAGGCCAAUAAAUAAAGAGAGAGCUCGUGAAAAGGUGCUUGCAAAUUUAAAACUGGUUAUUUAUCAUGUUCGUGUAAGGUGGAUCAAAGGCUCACUAGUGCGGACUAGGCCUGGGCAUAGUGAAUUAUACCCGAACCUGACCGAAGUAGGAAGAUCGGUUCAGAUACGGUUACUGCUAAAUAACCAAUCGCGCUUCAUUCUGAGUAAGUUUGGAUAUCCAAAUCCUAUCUGUUUAUAACCGAUACUCAAAUAGAUACUCGAAGGUACCCUAUCUUGAGGUAAAAUUCAGAGGAGAUGCAAGAGGCGGUGGUUGUCGUUGCUAUGACCGAGUGAAAUUAGGUUUUUGGAGGAGAAGAAAGCGGAUUAGGUUAAUGUGAUUUCGAGAUUUGGGCCGAGGCGUGAUGAAGGUUUUUAUGCCAGCUGGAAAAGAUAUCAGGUGAGAUGAUGGAUCAAUGAAGAAGAAUCAUCACCCUGAAUAUGGAAAUGUUGAAAGACAGAGUCUGAGUCUUGAACGUUGGGCUUAAAACCCUUAAAAGCCUUUUAACAUGGAGUUAUUUUUUUACUUAAUUUUGUUCAUCAUUAAACCAAAUAGCUAAAUGAUCCAGUUGUUUUUUUUACUAAACUCAAUUGUUGUAAAACGAUUUAUUCUUUGCGAGUUCAAGUAAAAUCACAUACGGUGGUGUUGUUGUAUGAUGAUGAUUCAAUCAUUUUAUUUUAGUUUACUAGGUUUUUGGUCACAAAGUUUAGUUUACAAAUUUAUAUAUUAUUAUGUAAUGUGGUCCGUCGAAAAUGAAGCUCAAAACUAUACCGAAUUAGAGGUUUCUCAUCUUAGACAAUACGGUUUUUGGUAGAUUGAAUUUGCAGAAAACAAGCUUGAAUGUAACGAAUUAACUAUUUGCAUUUAGGAUACCCUUGUCAAACAUUUUUCUUUUCUUGUUAACCAUUUACACUAUUCCUUGUAAGAGAUUUACAAAAUAAAAAAAAAUCUAAAGAUUUUUUAGUUUGUAAUAUUAUAAUUUAGAGAUUGUAAACAAAGAGAUGGUUUUGAUUUGUUUAUAGAUAGAAGCUUGCCUAACUUUAAAGCAGCAUUUGCGAUAUUCCCACAACUCGUCAUCCAAUAAUAAUUUGAUCAAAUACAUAUUUGUAAUCUUUUAUUAGUGUGAAGAAAUUCAAGAAAAGAAGACAAAUGAAAAUGGGUUAAGUAUCGAUUGGAUGAAGAUUUGGUAACUGGCAUGGUAUUUUAUAUAGCAUUUAUGUCGUGUCAUUACUAAUUUUCAACUAGUGACAAUGUCCUCGACAUUCCUCAAUUUUAUGCUUCUAUCAUCUUGUUGAUACAAACCAAACAUUUUUCUUUCUUAUGUCGUCACUUUCAAAGAUAAUGUGAGGUUUACACAUGGAUAAAACAAAUUAUAACUUGCAAUAGCUAUUACAUAUUAUGUUAAGCUAGAUUUAAAACUUGACUUACUCAUUCAGUUUGUGUGAAUUCUGAUUGACAUGAUUACUUCUAGUUAGUGCUACUACGACUGGAACAUAAUAUAUAAAGACCGGAUGCUUACUCAUACACCAUCUCUCUUAUUAUAAAAGUAUAUAUAAGAGACUAUGAAAAUUAUAGGCAUAUACCUUAACAUUCCCAUAGAAUCUAUGUAGAAUAUGCCUUACAGUUACUUUGAUCCUCAUCUGCCCACGAUAUGUGAAGCAAAAUCUUACGUAAUUUAUCAUCGGAUACGAGAAAACACAUGAAAAGGAGCUUUAAAUUACGAAUAUUCCUCCUGAAAUAUUUCUUAAUUAAGAAAAGUUCGUGUAUGAUUACACUAACUUAGGGAUAACUAAGCGCAAUCACGAGUGUUCUAACAUUUUCAUCCUCAUGAUUAAAUUACAAUACUUCAGCAAAAAGGCAAUGUGAUUGAUAUUUUAUAUAAUAUAAGGGUUUCAGCUAACGCCAUUAACACAAAUAAUUUAUAUUCUCGUAAGGGAGGUUCAUGAACAAUAUGUUGUUUUCCUAUAGGUGGAGGCAAAUAAUAAGUUGGAGGUUUCAUGUGGAAUGAACAUUAUGUGUCAUGGAAUCAACGAAAGACAUGUUACACGAUUAUCAGAUUGAGUUUAGUUAUAAUAAUGAUGAUCACGAGGAUCUUCACUUUAUCACUCGAAUCGAUUGUAAAACAUGGAGGAAGAGAUGUGGAUUUAGGCAAAAAAAUGUGCAACAUAUUCUUCGCAAACUAUAUGACCUAAAAAUAGGUUAAUAUCAUGAACACACCAACCUUUUUGGUGUUUCAAAAAAAAAAAGUGUUUAUAAAAAAAGAACACACCAACCUUUAAUUCUUUCUAUAGGUACAAACCCGAAACAAUUACGAAAGAGUUUGAUACCAUAUAUAUGUAUAUCACAGAAAAUGACAUUUGCUAUUUUGUUGUUGUAUUGAUAUAUAGGUUGCAAAUGCUUAUUAGAUUAUCGACCAAGGUUACAAGAGAUAAAAGAAUGUUCAAGCAAAUUAAAGUUUCUACAUCCCAGUAAUGUCCUAAUCCUACUAUUUAACCCACUUUCUUCAUGGCCUCUUUGGAUGAUCGCACCUCGUUAAUAUAUUAAUUAAUCUGUAAGAUCCAACUUUGCAACAAUCUUAAAAGUUGUUAAUGAUUGAAUAAUCCAAAUCGAAAACUUGAUUAAUUUCAGUCGCCACUAAAUAUGCAACAAAAAAAAAAUACUUGAGACUAUAUGGAUGGAGAAAAAAUAAAUAUUUACGGUAUUUUGAAUAUUUUCUAUUAUUUUUAGAUAUUUACUUGUGAGUAUAUUGAUAAUUUUUAGAUAUUUUCAGAUUUUUGAAUAUCUAAUAGAUAUAAAAUUUAAAAUAAUUAAUACAUUUAAAUAUAUAAUUGUGAUUUAGAUAUUUUGGUAUCCAAAAUCUUUUAGUUUGGAUUAAAUUCGGAUCUGGUUAUGUGGAUAUUAAAAUUUUAGAUCCAUCUGAGUACUUAAUCAAUUUUAGUUUGGUUCGGUUCUUUGGAUCCAAAUGUUUUACCCAGACUUACUUUUCCUACUAAUAUAAAACAAAAUAAAAUAAAUGUAAAAAAAAUAUUCUCGAUUUAUUUAACAUACAUAAUUAUUGGACUAUAUUUUAAAAAUACCAAUAAAAUUAUUCAGAAUUGUCUCAAUAUUUUUAAGCAUGUUGCAAAACUGAUGUAUCCUAAAACCAAUAACAUGUAAUAAUGUGAUCUCUUUACUCGACACUUGAAUUCUGUUUUUCAAUCGAUUUCACGAUUUUUUUUUCUUUUAAAAUUUUUCUGAUUCCUCAUUUUUUCUUGCAAUCUGUUUAUGUUUAUAACAUUUGGUCUGGUAUGAAAAAUCUGUAAACAAAAACAAUAUUUGGCUUAACUAAAAAUCCGACUUUGUGUCUGGUAUUUUUGACCUCAAUUUUUUUAAUUCAUAACCAAUCGUAAUUAUUUAUUGCAUUCGUGUACAGAAGCAUCAACCAUAGUUAAGCUCGGCAAGAUACGAAACUUUCAAUUUAUAAAAACAUUCUCAUUCCAGCAUUUUAGUUGAUGUGAAUCUUAAUCAUUUUUUCUAAUUUCUUUCUUUCAAAUGAUAUUAUUAGUUAUACGUAGAGAACUUCAGUUCAUUUAUACAAAAGCUAAAAAUAGAAGAACACAAAUGAGCUGAUUAAAAAAAUAGUGUGAACACGUUAAAUUGUCUGCGAUAAAAUUAAAAAAAUUAGUAUGUGAACGCAUUAAUUGUUAAACGACUGUGAGAUCGACACAUCAGCAUAUUCAAAUUGAAAUCAAUGUGACGUUGUCACGUGUCCAAUAUAGUCUGAAAACAUUGAAUGAUAAUGGUUCUAUCUUAAUAUAUAGGGGAUUACCUUCUUUCCGAACUUGCACUAUUUACUUUUUGAAAAUGGACAGUGUAUAUUAAUCGUCAAACCACAUCUGACAUAUUUAUUAUACCUUAAAGAGUUCUGCGUAUGUCACAUUGCCAUACCUAGACGUAACACUAAGCCACUUACGGAUGAAUACGUUUUCUUACAAAGAGUUUCUUCCAAAAUUUAAACUCAUUUUUCAUGUAUUAUUCGGCCAAAAAUCCACAAUAGAUCCCAACUUUUUGAAAGCACUAUCAAAUAAAUCUUAAUGAGUUUUGGAACUCACAUGCAUGUUGACACAUCAAAGAGUUAAUUUUGUAAUUUCAGCAAUGUCUUAUCCUCUUAUGCAUCACACAUUCUUUUUAAUUUUCUCGUCAUGUAUCAUGUUUAUUCUAACCGUAACUUUUGUCGUUUAAUUUGUUAUAUUUUUUUUCAAUAUAAAGAGUCACGUUUUUUUGCAAAUGCGUUACAUCUGCGUUACAUCGUGGGGAACCAAAAUCACUAGUUAAUGUCUUUAACUAAUCUUGUUUUCUAAGAUUCAAAUGUAAAUCUUUAUCUAGGGUCUCUAUACCCUUUGAUUUGUGUCAAAGUUUAUCAAACUUAUGAGUGAAAAUUCAUACAUGUAGUUUUUGCACUUUAAUAUGGAAACCUUUUUACAAAAAAAAAAGGACGAAAAAUAGAAAUAAAAGAGAGUAACACACUUUUUGUUGUUUAAAGUUUUG